CACUUCGACAACUUCGACCUGCAUAUAAUCCUCCAUCACGUCAACUAUUUUCUGGAAGCUUAUUAAAUUUGGAAAUUGUAAAAAUUAAUCAGAAACUUUAUUCUUUGAUGGAAAAAGCCACCAAUCUAACCCUUGGAUUAGAUGGAUGGACUGAUUAUUCAGGCAAAUCAUUAUGGAAUUUUGUAAUACAUACAUCUGAUGGACAUGAAUAUCUUUGGAAAUUAAUGGAUUUAUCUGACCAAAGUCAUACGGGGGAAUUACUUCGAGAUUGUAUCCAACAAGUUUUUGAUGAAAUUGGUGUAGAAAAAUUUGGUGCAGUGGUUACAGAUGGAGGCUCUAAUUGUGAAGUUGCACGUCAACUUAUCACUACUCAAUAUCAACAUAUAUUAAACUUGCGAUGU